AUGCUUUUAUUCCUACUAUUGGUCUCACUCUUCUCAGUCGCAUCACUUACGCCAGUCUACGACGAACCACCAACCGAAAUGACGAGUAAUAAUGACGGUGAUGAAGAUGCAUCCGUUUGGUGGUCACCAUCCUUCUCGAUCUUUCAAAAACGUGACAUUGAACACGAACUCUACAAUGGACCGUACGAUGCAUCCAGUCUUUUCCUGUCCCUACCAAGAACCGAUCGAAAGCCGACAUUCAGCGACCUGUUGAGGCUUCCCAUUGAAUAA